GUCUCUUUGUAUUUCGCGGAGCUUUAGCUGGUGAAUUAGUCUCCCUUGAUAUGUCUGGACGCGGCAAACAGGGCGGCAAGGCUCGCGCCAAGGCCAAGACCCGUUCGUCGCGGGCCGGGCUGCAGUUCCCGGUGGGCCGCGUCCACCGCCUGCUCCGCAAGGGCAACUACGCCGAGCGGGUGGGGGCCGGCGCGCCGGUGUACCUGGCGGCCGUGCUGGAGUACCUGACGGCCGAGAUCCUGGAGCUGGCGGGCAACGCGGCCCGCGACAACAAGAAGACGCGCAUCAUCCCGCGCCACCUGCAGCUGGCCAUCCGCAACGACGAGGAGCUCAACAAGCUGCUGGGCCGCGUCACCAUCGCGCAGGGCGGCGUCCUGCCCAACAUCCAGGCCGUGCUGCUGCCCAAGAAGACCGAGAGCCACCACAAGGCUAAGAGCAAGUAAAGUCUAGCCCAGAACACCACGGAUCUUCCGCUUUUCUACAGCUAAUCAAAGGCUCUUUUCAGAGCCAUCCAUAUUUUCACAUGAAAGGCUAGUAACCAGCCUGUUACGUUGGUAGAAUCAGUCCUGAAUCUGUAAAAGACAAGGUAACGUCAAAACCUUGUUCAA